AUGUCAGCAGUGUUAGCCAUCAUUGAUCAGUCUACAGUGAGUUCAAGUAGUCCUCUUGUGCAGUCAUGCCUCAAUCUGUUAAAAGAUUUUGUCUGCAAUGAAGAUUUCAGCUUGUCAUCUGGGACGUUGAAAAUGUUGAUUCAGUUCCCAAUGUUUGUUGAUCUGGAAUAUGUAAUAUCUGUGGAAUCAUAUGUUGCUCCUCUUUCACUUAUCAAGGCCAUUGUGAAAAAGAAGGUUCAAGUCCCAGAGAUAUAUGAUAUUGCAGAUCAGAAACGCAUAGAACAACAUUUUAGCUUUCUGGUGAACAAUCUAAGCUACAAGCAUCCAACUGGAAGACAAGCGGUUCUUGACGUGCUUCAAGCACUUAUCGGAAAAUUCUCAAAACUUGAUGAUCUAGGCAAGCAGCCAGUUCUUGACCAGCAGUCUGAAAUUUUGUUUCUUGAGCUUGCUCGUCGUUUGGCAACCGAUGAUUGUGAAGAUGUGUUGUCCAAGACUGGUGAUGUGAUAAAGCUUCUGGUAGGUCGCAUCAGUAAAGAUAAAGCUGAUUCCAGUCUCGAGCGGUGUCUGGUUUGGUAUAACCAAGAGGAUUCACAGGCUAUAGCAGCACAGGUAAUUGGAUUAUUCAUUGAAGCAAGGAAAGAAGCUUUUCGGAAGCGUAUCCGCGAUAUAUUGUUGCAGGAAGCUAAAACGAUAUUGGAAUCUGUUGUACAGUUGCAAGAUGCUAUUGAGGAAGGCAAUAUUACUCUUUUCUGGAAAAAAGCAUUCUAUACACUGGUUAUGAUUGAGAAGUUGCUCAAGCAAUUUCCUGAUUUGUGUUUUGGAAAAGGCAUUAUAUGGGAGGAAGAAAAGUCUGAGAAACUAGUAGCUGAUUCUCUUCUCGAGAAGCCGAGUAGCCUUUUCACGGUAGCUGCUUCUCUUUGCUCUCAGUUAAAGGAGCAUGGCGUCACACGCAACAAAGACGAUGAUACCAAAAGAGAGAAGAUUAUUACAGACAAUAUUGUUUUUGCAGUCCCUAGUCUUCAUUCUCUGAUUGAACAAUCCAAUCAUCAUCAUGAGUUUUGGUCAAUUCUUGACAAAGAUGAGCAAGUGGUGUACCUCAAAGCCUUUGAACUUCUUGAUUCAGGGAAAGGAAGGUCUACUUUUCUAGCUCUUGCUUUGGGGAAACGUACUGCAAACGAUGUGAGAAAUGUGUUGAUUGGAAGUUUGCUCAAAAGAAUGGAGAAGAUUGCUCUUGAUACAGAGUCACUUCAGAUGAGAAUUGUGUUCAACGUCUAUAAAGACUUUGCCAAAACUGAAACAAGAAGAGUGUCGCCUCUACGCCUUUAG